AUGACUGAACCCCGGGGUCAGCUGAAGAGUUCAAAUGGUGCAAGCAGCACUGUAAUGGAACUGCAGUCUGCUUCAUUCAGCCCUGAUGUCCCAUCUACAUCUUUGUCUACAAAACUUGGCGGGAGUAACUUCAGGAGGGUCAGCCGCACAGAGGACAGCAGUCCCUACCCGAUCCCCGGCCUGGCGGCAGACAUCCUGCACAUGAGGGUGAAAGAAGGAAGCAAGAUCCGCAAUUUGCUUCGCUUUGCAACAGCUCGCAUGCAAGGGGAGGGAAAAGACGGCAAUGGGACAUCAAAGAGACAGGUGGUCUUCACUGGCUCAGGAAGAGGGGUCACCAAGACCAUCACCUGCGUGGAGAUUCUGAAACGUAGAGUAGGAGGGCUGCACCAGGUGUCCAAGCUCUACUACAAGACAGUGAAUGAGGUGUGGGAGAGUCCUCAACAGGGAGCACCAGGUAUAACCAUGCAGAGGACAGUCCCUGCUAUCUGCAUCCUGCUCUCUAAAGACCCUCUGGAUCCCCAGGAGCCUGGAUACCAACCUCCUCAAACCCUGAGUGUUCCCACAGAGGAUCGAGAGAGGCAUCAAGGUCUUCUGAGGCCAGCUCACAGUCCCUCCUCACAGCACACAGCCAAGAGAGUCUGCCUGGAUGACUGGAGUGUUUGUUCUCCACGAAUGUCCAAAAUCUGA